GUUAUUUUUAUCCGCAACGAAUGGUGUAGGAUCGAGGUCGAUUUGGGCGACUUUUUGGAAACGACUUGAUGAGGAGACCUAGAGAAUGUCAGGAGACAUGAAAGAUCAGACGGAGAGCCCAGCAAAGGGAACCCCGGCCCUCACAAACUCAGGGGACAUGUUGUAUGAAAAUUACCCUUCCCAUCAAGUCAGAACACAGGAGAAUGUCAAAGAGUAUUCUGACGCUGAUAUGGCCACAAUAAAUCAUGCAGAUAUACCCGUGCCUAUGGUAACUCAGGAAGGCUAUGUGAAAGAAUACCCAUUAAGUGGAGUAAGGGCGGACGCACUGGGAAAAGGUUUUUCUAUUAAGAGGACGGAAGGUUUGGGGAAAGCAGAACUAGGCCGGACGGGGCACAAUGCUGUGUUACCGGAGCCUCCAGGGAAAGUGUCACUCUCUGACCCGCAGGCCAAACGGAAAUACCAUUCCGCCCAAAUAGAAGUAAUUCCCUGCAAGGUGUGCGGGGAUAAAUCGUCUGGCGUCCACUAUGGGGUGAUAACCUGCGAGGGAUGUAAGGGAUUUUUCCGCCGCAGUCAGGCUGGUCCUGUCAACUAUCAAUGUCCCCGCAACAAAAACUGUUUGAUAGACCGUGUCAACCGCAACCGCUGUCAGUACUGCCGGCUGCAGAAGUGCAUCGCCCUUGGCAUGUCCAGAGACGCGGUGAAGUUUGGUCGGAUGUCCAAGAAACAGCGUGAGCGCGUAGAGGACGAGGUGAACAUGGUGAAGCAGGGUCAGCUGAAUGGGUAUGCCCCCACCUCCCCCGCACCCACCCACUACACGCAUCUCCCCAACAACGUCAACAACAACAACAACAACCAAUACAGCACUUUCACAGACACGCAGUAUCAAUAUCCGGCCAAUGGGGUGACGUCUUACCCAAGCCCCACUCCCCAGGAAUACCUGCCUGCUGGGGCUGAUGUCAACACAUACACCGUAGCGCCAGCACCACACCCGGUCGCCCUGGUGAAGGCAGUGGAUGUCAUGGAUCAUGGUACGUUCGGUAAGGCGAUAGCUGAGGCUCACAUCAGGACGUACCUGUACACAGAAGAUCAGGUGCAACAAAUGCGGCAUCAGCCUGUGUCACAGGAGCAGAUCACCGCUUAUAAAAGUAUGACUCAUCGUCAGCUUUGGCAGGAGGUGGCAGACAAAGUAACGUUAGCAGUGCAGCAGAUCAUAGAGUUUGCCAAAAUGGUGCCGGGCUUCAUGGACCUGUCUCAAGAUGAUCAGAUCAUGCUACUCAAGGCUGGAAGCUUUGAACUAGCCUUGAUCCGAUUGGUCCAAGCCUAUGAUGCGCCAAGCAAUAGCGUGAUCUUCGGCAAUAGUUUUGUUCCUCUUGAUGCCUUUACGUCUUUGAAUGAAGAGGAACGCCGUUUGAUGGACAGCAUUUUCAUAUUCGCCAAAGAAAUGCAGAUGUUGGAGUUAACAGAGACAGAGCUGGCCUUACUGAGCGCACUUAUCUUGAUCACAGGAGAUCGGCCAGGGUUGAAGGAGGUUGUUGACAUUCAGAAAUUACGAGAUAAAAUAACGUCAUCAUUAAAAAUGGAGAUCGGCUUGAAUCACCCUGGUAACGAGGAGCUGGUAACUAAGGUGCUGCACCAAAUCCCCAUCAUGCGGGGUCUGAGCUUACAGCACGUGUCUGUGCUAAACAAGUUCAAACAGACAGAGCCAGACAUGGAAUUCCCUGCCUUGCAUAAAGAACUCUUCUCCAUUGAAGGAACAGAAAGCUCAUGAGGCACUGCUGGACUGGUGCACACAAGGGAGUAGAUAUUGCUCCCAUGGUUACGCAUUGUUCACGAAAUAUGGUUAGGUUUGGUGCACUAAAUAGCCUGUGGCAUUUUUUUUUUAUACGCAAAACAAAAAGGAGGACUGUAUAUUGAAGAAGAUAUAUACAGGAGAAAAAAAGAAAAACAUAAAAAAUGCAUUUUAUCACUAUGGGCUGCACUUUAUAUUCAUCCAAUCAGAAAACGUGUUGCAAGGCUCCACCUCGGCCAAUCAGAGGCAGUGUCAGGGAAUUUGUUGGCCGUACCGCCCCAGCCAAUCACAGUGCCUAUGUCAGAAGGGGGCAUGUACAAACAUUUGUCUUAGAUUAUACAU